AUGAGUGAUAUAACCAAGAAAGCCGUGGUUAUCUUCGCCAUCUGUUAUCAUAUCACUAUGACAGUUGGUACUCUAGUGGUACUUAACUAUGUGUAUGUACCAGACAAAACACUGGUCGAUAAGUUGGUCGAUACUUCUUUGUACAACGUGGUAGAUACUGUUGAUGGAGUCUUCUUUGGCUACGUACCUACAGUAACAUGGCCAUUAUAUUCGUUUGUCAUCUUUACAGUAUUCCUACCGUCUACUUUCCUCUUCAUUGGCCUUACCGUAUACACACUAUACUCACUUCAUCGUGUACUAGUCACAACACACAGUAGCAAGUCCAGAUUCAGAUGGAACACAGCACUAAUGCUAGCGUCACGUACUAUGAAUCCCGUUAUGUUACUCAUCAUACCAUUAGUCGUAUGUACUUAUAUGAUUUUCAUGGAUCAUCGUAUGUUUAAUGCUGGAUUAGUGUGUGCUGCUUUGUGGGCCGUGCAUGGAUUGGUCAAUGCUAUAGCUACCAUCUCGGUGUUUCAACCAUAUCGACAUGUUGUUAAGAGAACAUUCUGCAAAGCGUUGUACAAGGAGAACUAUGUGUCGAGCAGGUAA